AUGAGAGUCAAGAAGCCAACGUCCAAGAGGACGACCACUCGUAUGAGAGAGGGUAUCAAGAAAAAGGCUGCUGCCCAGCGUCGUAAAAACAGAAAGAUGGCCAAGAAGGACGUUACUUGGAAGUCCAGAGUGAACAAGGAUCCAGGCAUUCCUGCAAGUUUCCCAUACAAAGAAGAGAUCAUUAAUGAACUAGAACAGAACAGAAUCGCUGAGAAGGAAAGAAGGGAACAGCUUCGGUUUAAGAGACAGCAGGCACGUGAGGCUGCUUUGGCUAGAGGCGAAGAGGUGGAGGAAGCCAUGGAUGAAGACGAUGAGGAACCUGAAGGAGAAGGUGGACUUUCUGCAUUGAUGGAAUCUGCUCAACAGGCAGCUCGUGAGUUUGAUGGAGAAGUUGACGAGGACGCUAUGGCUGAUUCGGAUGAGGAUGUGGAGAUUGAGUUGAGUGAUACUGAGGAUAAGUCUGAUAUCGAGAAGUCGAGAAAAGCAUACGAUAAGAUUUUCAAGGCGGUGGUGGAAGCGUCUGAUGUUGUUCUUUACGUUUUGGAUGCCAGAGACCCAGAGGCCACGAGAUCCAGGAAAGUCGAGCAGGCAGUGUUGCAGAGCGGUGGUAAGCGUCUUAUUUUCGUGUUGAACAAGGUUGAUCUUGUUCCUACGAACGUUUUGACGCAAUGGGUUAGUUUCUUAAAGAGUUUCUUCCCUACUGUCCCCGUCAAGGCAUCUCCAGGCGCCACAGGCUCCAACAUGUACAAUAAGAACCUUUCGAGCGCCUUGACGUCCAAGCAGCUCAUGGAAGCCCUCAAAAGCUACGCCACGAAAUCUAACUUGAAGAGAUCCAUCGUUGUUGGUGUCAUUGGUUACCCCAACGUUGGUAAAUCCUCGAUCAUCAAUGCAUUGACUAAUAGACACGGAAACCUGAAGGCAUGUCCCGUUGGUAACAUGCCCGGUGUGACCACCACCAUGAGAGAAGUGAAGAUCGACAACAAACUCAAGAUCUUGGACUCUCCAGGUAUCGUGUUCCCUGACGAGGUUGCAGGUAAGAAGGCCUCCCAGGAAGCUAAACUUGCAUUGCUCUCUGCUGUGACGCCGAAGAACAUCAGAGACCCAGUUGGCGUGGUGGAGACGUUACUCAAGCGUUUAUCUAAAGACAACACCAUGGCAGACGCAUUGAAGGCGUACUACGAAAUCCCUGCAUUACCUUCCAGCGACUUGAAGGACUUCACCAGACAGUUUUUGAUCCACGUUGCCAGAGCCAGAGGCAGAUUGACCAAAGGAGGUAUCCCCCACGUCGAGUCGGCUGCACUCAACGUUUUGAACGACUGGAGAGACGGCAGAAUCACAGGUUGGACUUUGCCAAACGCCUCCAAAGCACAUGUUGAAAGCGACGGUCCCAAGAGCGCUGCCAGAGGCGACAGAGAGCCAGCCAAGGUAGAACAAACCACGGUUGUUUCCGAAUGGGCCAAGGAGUUUGAUCUUGACGGCUUGCUCGGCAACAACUUCGGCCUUGACGAGAACUAA